GCGUAGAGUAUUAUUUACAGCAGACGACAAGCUGUUCAGUCAGAAAUUGAUUGCCAAGCAAGAAAAUAUGAGAAGACGUACCUUGUAUCUCAUUUGACGUUCUUAUACUCAACAUGAUGCAGGCACAAAGAGAAAAACAACCUUUUUUCAAGCCACUGUCUAAUCUUUCUACAAAUGAAAUGACUAGCCCAAGUAGUCUGUAUGAAUCAGCUGUCAGACAGAAAACUAACCAGACAACAUUCCAUAUAAAUAGACAGAAAGAAAAUGAGUCUACAAAACAAGACCAGACUGUUGGGACUGAAAAGCUUUCAUCCUUACAUGCAAAGUUACAUCAAGAAGCUGAUCGAAUACGCAAAUGGAAAGUGCAAACUGAAAUUGAAAUCAGACAAAAGGACAAGAAGAUCCAAGAAGCCACACAGACAGUCGAAUCUCUUAGAAAAUCAGUUCUUGAACUGCAGCUACAGAAUGAAAGUUUAAGUUUGAAAUUGCAAGAAGAAAUGGGAAGUAGAGAAGACAUUAUGCAAAGGAUAAAUGCGACAAGAGAUAUGUGUAAUCUCCUAAAGGAACAUGGUGCAAGGACAGAAGAGAGAUUAUUAAAAUGUGAAACAGAAAGAACUGUAUUAAAAGGCUUGGAAAAAGACCAUUUAAAACAGUUUGAGGGAUUAUCAAGACAGUUUUCAGAGUUAGAAAUAACAGCAAAUGAAAACCGUGAUCAUUUGACAAAUUUAUUAAAUGUUGAAAGACAAGAAAAAGUAUCAAUGGAAAAGGAAUUGAAAGGAAAUGUAGCUAAAGCUGAGCUUAAGUUAAACCAUUUAGAAAAUCAGUGUGAAGAGAAAGACAUAGAAAUCAGAGAUGUUAGAGCUGAUCUCAGAAAAAAUGAAGAAAAAAUGCAUGAAAUUAUGUGUCAUUUAGAAAAUUGUAGGAUCAAAUUAACAACAUUGCAAGAAGAUUUUGAUAAAAAAGAGAGUCUACUAUGUAAUUCUGAUGAUGAACUGACAAGAAGCAAGAAACAUUGCAGUAUUUUAGAAACUCAAAUAAAAGAGUUAACUGACAGUCUGGAAAAAAUACAAAAUGAAAAAGAACUUUUGGAAAAGGAAUACAAAGAUACUGAAAACACACUGAACACACAGAUAGAGUGCUUCACAACUGAAUUGGAAGCAUGUAAUUUGGAGUUAAAGACAGAAAAGGAGAGAGUUGUUUCCCUUAGAGACCAGUUAGAAAAAGCAUUAAAUUCAAUUGAAGAUAUCAAAAGUGCUAAAGAUCUAGUUAUAAUGGAGAAAAGUGAAAUGGAAUGUCAUCUAAAUUCUGUAAUUCAACAAAAGGAUCAACUUGAAACUGAACGAGAAGAGAAUUUAAAGACCAUGAGUGAAAUGAACUCAACAAUUGAGGAAAUCAAAUGCAAUCUACAUAACCAUAAAGAAAAAUUAAAUUUAGAAUUGGCUACUUCAGAUGAUCUAAGAAAUCAAAUAGACAUUCUUGACAUGGAGAAAAAGAAAAUGAAUGAUGAUAUUGGAAAUCUUGUUCAAGAACUAGCAUCUAAAAAUGAAAUAUUGCAAAGGCUUCAAUCAGAUAUUGCAGAGCAGAGAACUGGGUCCUCAUGUUUGAAUGAUGAAGUAGCAAGAAUGUCACAAUUACUGCAGGAAGAAAGAGAAAAAUUGGAAGAUAUGUUCAUACAGAAAAGAAACCUUGGUGAUGAACUUCAGAGUUUACAACAAGAAUUAUUGGAUAAGGACACAGAGCUUAAUUCAAAGCACAAGGAUCUUGAGAAAUCCUCCAAAUUGGUGAAAAAGCUAGAAACAAAACUUGAAGAAUGUACUAAUUCAGAAGAACAGCUAAGAUUUGAGAUUCAGGAUCUGAAAUCCAGUUUAGAAAUAAAGAUAUCAGAAAUUGAAAAUUUAAAUGAGAAUAGAGAAGAACAGGAUAAAGUGUUGAAUGAUGAAUUGGAGCAUAAAGCAAAGGAAACCAACGCCUUAGAUACCAAAAUAAAAACUCUUAAAGAGAAUGUCUCAACAAAGACAAAACAAGUAAAGGAACUUGAAAAGGAGAUGCGUGCAUUAAAGUCCAAGGUAACCUCACAGACCAAAGAAGCAGAAAACAAAGAAAAACAAAUUGAGGAAUUAAGUGAAGAACUUAGAAAUAUUAUCCAAGAAAAACAAGAUUUAGAAACACAAAAUAAUGAAUUGAGAUGUCAUGCAAAUGAAGAAAAGAAAGCUGCAGAUGAAGCUAGAAAAGAGGAAAAACAAAUGAAGAAACUGUCAGAGAAAGCUUCCAAAGACAAAGAAGAGAUGGUACAAAAAUGUGAGCACCAGAUUGCUGAAAUGAUGUCAACAUUAGAAAAAUAUCAACAGGAAAACCAAAAAAUUGUUGCAGAAAAGGAGAAAGAAAUUGGUGAAAUGAGAAAUUUAGUGGAGCAAAGUGAAAGCAGGUCAAAAAUGGAGACAAAUGAUGUUAUUUCUGAUUUGAAUAAUAAAAUGCAAGACCUUAACAAAAAAUUAAGUUCUACAGAAGGAGAAAAGGUAUCUGCUGAUAAGAAGGUUACAAAAUUGGAAAGGAAAGUAAAAAAAUAUGAAACUGAUAUCUCAAAAAUGGAGACAAAAAUAAAGAGUCUGCAGGACAUAGUAGAUGUCAUUAAAUCAAAGAAGACAGAGAAUAUAGGAAUACAAACAGAACUGGAAAUUCAAAAUUCUAAAUUACCAGUUACAUCACCUUCAAGGAAAAGAACCGAUAUUGGUAUGAAGCAACAACAAAAAGAAAGAACUACAACACCCAAUAUAAGAGUAGCACCAAAAACACCUCAGUUAAACCAUAUGAAGAUGGAUGUAAAGACACCUGAGGUUCCACGCACACCAGUUUUGUUUAAAACUCCUACAACCCAAACACCAAUGUCUGCUAUGAGAACUCCACAAAGAAGUAUCUUAAAGAAUACAGACAGAAAUUCAGCAGUGAAGAAAAGGAGAGUAGCAUUUGAAUCAGAUGGAUCUGAAUCUGACUGUUCUUCUUCAUCUGAACUGAUGGAAGUUGAGAUUGGAGAAGUAGAUUUCAGAUACAAAGCUGGACAGAAAAAUCUGCCUCUACAUGUUAGACCUUCACCCAAAAUUAAAACACCAGAGAUCAGGGGUAUUGGUAGUGAUGAUGAUGAAAUGACUGAUAGAAGUAGAAUUCCAUUACAGAGGAAACCCAGAGGCCCACCUGUACCUAAAACACCUAAACAAGAGGCAAGAGUGAAUUUGUCACUGAAUCCAUUAAAUAAGGAAAACGUCCACCAGAAAUUCGAUAUUGCUGAAAAGAAAAUGGUUGGACCAAGGACACCAAAUAUCAGAAAAACACCAAGUAAACCGCCAGGAAAAUUCUUUAAAUCAUCACCAAAAGAUAGACCAUCACAGAAAGCUAAGCAGAAAGAAGAGACAUGGUUUGACAUUGAUUCUGUCUUUGGCUUUGAAGACUGAAAUGUUUGUUUUAUUUUUUUUCUCUUAGCUUAUUUAACAUUAUUAUGUAUUUUUUCUAAAAUGUUAUUGUUAUGCUCAUCAAGGUAAUCUGUGAUAUGUUACUUCUUUUGAAACUGCAGUGCAGGUAACGAAUUAUCUAGUCAUUGUUGUUAUUGUUGCUAGUUGUUGACAUUUUGUUAAACGUGUAAUAUUACUAUACAUUAUAUGGUAAGAAAUUCCUUAAAAUCUACUCAUGUUCAAUAAAAAUAUGUUUUUUUA